AUGGCAUCGAAUGACUCUGGUCCAGUAAUGGAGCCAUUCAAGCCUCCUGAUUUGGGCUCGGGGAAGGAGGCCUUGUUGUGUCCUCCAGCAUCUGCCGCAGACGAUUCGCCGAGCAACGAGCGUCUUGGUCAGGAACACUGCGAUACGCUAUUUGAACAAAGCCGCCCGUCCCCUUCCGCGAACGGUUCGAGCAUAGAUGCAGAGCUUCAUGCGUUGAAGGCAAAGAUACAGGAACUCGAAGACCGAAGCACGUUCAACCCCUUCCCCCAUUCAAGCCCGAAACAAGCAUCAGAGACCCAAGACCAUGUUGCCGCUAUGGAGCAGUAUCGACGGAUGGAGAAAUGCCUGUACACUCACAGAAAAGAGUGGGAGAAAAGGAACGGAAACUAUGAUCCUAUGAUGAUUAUAGGAUUCUCCAAAGACUUACCAUUUAAUGGACCAUGGGCCGCCGAUUGGGAUAUUGUCCCGCACCACCCUUACAAUCGUCCCAACCCCUUCGAUCCUUCCCACCGAUGCCAUGGCGAAGAAGAUGGGUCCGCUCCCAAGGAUGAGUUCGACUACACGAUUGAUUUUGGGAAUCGACGUGACCGCUUGCGCAAGACUUUCGAGUGGGAGAUGGACCGUCUGUAUUUGGCAGAAGAGAUGGACAGACGUAGACGGCAAAAAGUCGAACUUCAGACCAAUGCAACGGAACAGGCUGAAAGACACAACAGUGAUCCUCAUGAUUCGGGCUCUGAACAAUCGGUAUGUAUGACUGUGGAUGUUGCCUGGGACGAGUUUCAAAGACUGGGUCGGUCCCGCAAGAAGAAGGGGUGCUAUCUUCACAUUCUCACCGGUGAUCCCACGGUUCGGGACAACGAGGGGUUCGAACGGGCCUGGGCCGGCCCACUGGAACGUCGUGCGCGGAAGACAGGCCACCAGACACUGGCUAUUUCCAAAAAGUCGCAAUUUCCUGAACGAAUUCGAAUCUAUUCCGAUGUCGUGUUCACUAUUCUCGACAAGAUUCUUCGAUCCACAGAGUCGCAUGUGGAUUUAGCAAAAGAUCCCGUACCGACAGUCUUCACUCGCCCUUUCAAGGCACUUGUUUACUGCGAGGAAGGCCUAGAAAGUUGGUGCAGAGCUUUGGAGGGCGAGGCAAAGGGGUCUUCAAAUGACGCAGAAGAACAUGCACCACCUCUCAGCUCUGUUUUGAGCCCGGAAACGGACGAUUUUGAAGGGACCUUGGGAGACGACACCAAAACGAGCUUGCUGAAAGGCCAGCCAGCAGCCAAGGGUGAUAAUCCUCUAAUUCCAAGCGACCAAAGCAUCAAUCUGGGCUUGCCUGCAACCAAGAGUAGAGAUCAUGUCGAGGGUUAUGCCAUUACCGAUAAUCAGGCCGAACAAACGACUGGCAACAACGGCGGUGCCGACGACAGCGGCGACGACAACAGCGAUUCUGAAUCAGAAGCCCUCGAUGCUGUUUUGCAGUCCCCAAGAGCCCCAAGAGAACUCGCCUUUUUCCUCAAGACUUUGCGGUCUCAAGUUCUGCAUAGACGAGAAUACCUGAAAGGAGAUGACUGCGGCAAAGUCUUUUUCUCCGACUUGUGGCAUCUGUUCUUGCCAGGUACUGACAUCGUCCAAAGCAAUAGAAAACAAGUUUACCGUGUUGUCCAUGUCACAAGUACAAAACAUCGUAUGAUGUCGGCUCUCGAAAGAUGGGGCGGUCACCCAGAUUACCACAUCGUCGAUGGUGAUGAGAACAAGAAAAUACCAAGACCCGAUUUCCGCAUCACAUGCGUCUACAUCGACUUUGAUGGCAGGGUGUUCGGGCCGGUGGCGAAAAUAUUCGACAUCAAAUCAUUCGAUGGACAACGAGAGAUUACCUCCUUCGACGUCUUCCCAUUACGACUGUUGCCCAUGCUUAGAGACGGGCUUGACGAUGCUGAGCGGGACCCGCUGUCCAACCUUCCACCAGCCACUCGCAUCAGACAAAAGCUUAUCGAUCGGGGCAAAAGGUUCCUUGAAGCCAUCACGAAGAAGCACAUGUAUUACGCAGGCCCGACUUUGGACACUCGCGAAGACUUCGAGGGCCAGGUUGUUGUGGAUUUCGAGGCUGCCCUUCCCAUCGGAAUUCCGGCACGGCCCUCUGCUGAACGACCGCUUAUCAGAUCCGUGCUCAAUCUUAUUCUGGAAGACUAUGCUGAAGAAAGACCUUGUCAAGCCAGUUGCUGUUAUGUGGACGAGGUUUACGAUGAUACGGCGAUUGAUCUGAGACUAGGCAUGGAGUACAUCAACAGCCUGUUACCAAAACCGGGUGAUCAAAAUCCUGCAUCAGUCUCAAUCCUACCGCAGACACUAGAAGCGCUCCAGAAAGACGCAGAUCCAGACAAGUGUCUCCUUUCGGAUAACGAUCUGCUCAUCCUGUCCUACAGAGUUUUUGGGUUUCUACUCCGCAAUCGACGAUUUGCUCAACUGGAUCUUGAUUUUCUUUCCGAAAUUCAAAUGCGAAGUUUGGACUCGGCCCAUGGCAGUGAGCAAUACGCAAGCAACGCGCGAGAAAGCAACUCCACGGGAUCUGCCGCAGCCUUCGACCGUCUUGUUUUGGAAAAAGGGCACAGAUCAAUGAUCGAAUCGCUGAUUGCCCAGCAUUUCCGGGACAAAGACUCUAAGAAGGAUCCAGAUGAUCAGCGUGAUGCUGUACGAGGAAAAGAGGGAGCAGCAGAGCUUUUCGGUAAGCCGCUGUUCCAAAUCACUUGUGGCACGACAGCGAAAGAAGUCGAACAUGCUCUGGAGAAAAACUUCGCUCUCGCAAAUCGGUGGGAUUGUAUCCUGUUGCUCGAUGAGGCCGAUGUCUUUCUUGCUGAGAGGACCAGAGAAGAUUUCAAGAGAAACGGGCUUGUGGCAGUAUUCCUCCGGGUGCUCGAAUACUACACCGGGAUUCUCUUCCUGACGACCAAUCGUGUCGGCGAUUUUGACGAGGCAUUCACGUCCCGUAUCCACAUGAGCCUAUACUAUCCCGACCUCAGCCAGGACAAAACCCUGCAGAUCUUCGAGAUCAACCUGAAGAUGAUUGCCGAGCGCUUCGCGCGCAAGGAGAGGAAGAUCGUAAUCGACCAAAUGGCCAUUGGCGCCUUCGCCUCUCAGCACUUCAUCGACAAGCCCGACGCGCGUUGGAACGGCAGACAGAUCCGCAACGCCUGCCAAACGGCAUUGGCGCUCGCCGAGUUCGAGGCCCAGGGCAACAGCCACAGGAAGAUUCUCAAGCCGGACGCCGUUGUCCAACUCACUGUCGAGCACUUCAAGACUGUGCGCAACGCGUAUCUCGAGUUCACCGACUACAUGAAACUGGUCUACGGCACCAGCGCGGCUAGAAAGGCCGGAGAGGGCAAGGUCCGCGCCAUCCUGGUUGACGAGAACAACAAUUUUGUCGGGAGCGUCGGCGGAGCCGGCCGUCUUGACAGAAAGGCCGCUUACGCACAGCAAUCCAAGACCCCUCUCUAUGCCGACGAGCACCAGCCGCAGGAGAACGCCCAAUUCCAACAACACCAGGCAUACCAUACAGGGGGCUGCCGUCAGCCCGGGCACUACCAAACGCCGCACCACGGCUAUCAUCAGUCACAGGUCUACCCAAGGCCCGAGUCGUUCGGCGCCCCUUCGCAACCGCAAUCAACCCAAUACCCAAGCACCCCUCCAGGUCAGACCUCUCGCGGCAUUCCGUUUCCAACUCAUAUGCAAGAAUCCCAGGUUCCUGGUGAUAUUGGUCGAAGUCAGCGUCCUCUGAGCUCCGACAAUUCUUUCAGAGAAUCACAAGGACAGUUUGACAUCCAACAGGGCCGGUAUGUUCCGCAGCAGCAACCCAAUCCUCAAUGGCCCAGUAGAAGUGUCCAAGAUGCGUAUGAUCUGUCAGGUGGACCACGCCAGGGACUGCCAAGCCAUUUGACACCGUCAAGAGGAUCUGGGACAUCGGAGACGUAUGGGCCGGGGCCCGAGCAGCUGCAGGAACGUCCGCCUGGUGUUUAG